CCACAGGCAACUUUUGCGAUAGCACGAUUUGCGCACGCUUCUCGCAGACGAGUGGUGUUGUCGCAUAAUAUACCCCUAUUUCAUGAUUUUCUCCUUAUAACUCCAUCAUCAACACACCCGUCCACCAUGGACGACCUCCAGGAGCUGGAGCUCUUUUCGCUGGUAUCGCGAAUCACGAGCGAACUCCAGAACCACUUGGGCGUCAACGACAAGACGCUGGCCGAAUUCGUGAUCGACCAACAUUUGAAAUGCGGCUCGUUCGCGGAAUUCAAGAAGACGCUGGAGGAUAUGGGAGCGGAGUUUCCGGAGAGCUUGAUGGAGAGUAUCGAUCGCCUGGUGCUUACGAUGCACCCCAAGUACAGGUCGAGGAAGGUUGAGACGACGAACGACACUGGGGAUGGAAAUGAUGAUAUGGAUGUGCUCGGUGCGCUGGAGAAGAAGGCGCGCGUCUUUAAGGGUCUUGCUGUCCCGGAUAAGGAGCAACGCUGGGAGGAAUCGGAUUACCUACGGAGUGAGCCCAACGACGACGCCAACGACAAGGUUGACGCGAUGGAUGAUACGUUUGCGAUGCUGGAAGGUCUUGCGGGGAAGGCUAAGGGGGAUAAUGGUCGCGCGACGACGACGACCAGGGAGGAACGAGAUAGCAGGAAGCGGAGCAGGAGCCCCGAGUACGAGAGCCAGAGCCGUGGACGCAGCCACCGUGGAAAGUACCGCUCCCGAUCGAGAUCUCACAGCCCGCGCUAUCGGAGCCGGAGAGAUGACGAGGUGGAUGAGUUCGGUCGCUCGGUGAAGGCGGGUAGUGGCAGGGACCGAAACGGCCAUGGCGAGCGACGACGACGACGAGACCGAGGCGAAGACGACGAUUACUUCCGGAAACCGCCGCCUGUUGAGUUGGAUGAUCAACCCAUACUUCAUAAAAUUUACGAUGGACGUGUUACGGGCGUGAAGGAUUUUGGCGCCUUUGUUAACCUACCGGGGGUGAAGGGCAAGGUGGACGGACUGGUGCACGUGUCGGCGAUGCAAGAAGGCGCCCGGGUGAACCAUCCAUCUGAUCUCGUCUCGCGAGGACAGCCCGUCAAGGUCAAGGUUGUCAGCAUACAGGGGACGCGUAUUGGGCUGUCCAUGAAGGAGGUUGACCAGGUGACGGGUCUCGAUAUGGUUCCUCAGAAGCGUCUUGCUUCGGGCGCAAACAUGGAAAGCCUUGAUGGCUCUUCGGCAAAGGAGCGGUAUGGAAAUUUAAGCUCGGAUGUUCCCAUCGUCGAGGAGUCGGACGGGAGGCCUAUGAAAAACCGGAAGCGCAUGACCUCGCCUGAGAGAUGGGAGAUCAAACAGCUGAUCGCGUCUGGCGCCGUCUCUGCGGCUGACUAUCCCGACAUUGAUGAAGAAUACCACGCCACCUUGACCGGCGAAGGUACAUUUGAGGAGGAAGAAGAUAUCGAUAUCGAGGUCCGAGACGAAGAACCGCCGUUCUUAGCGGGCCAAACCAAGAUGUCUCUGGAGCUGUCUCCCAUCCGUGUCGUCAAGGCACCAGACGGCUCUAUGAACAGAUCGGCGAUGUCCGGUACGAGUUUGGCCAAGGAGCGAAGGGACUUGAGGCAGCAAGAGGCCCAGGACAAGGCUGCUGAGCGAGCGGCGGAGGUCGAUCUCAAUGCGCAAUGGCAUGACCCCAUGGUCGCACCCGAGGACCGGAAGUUCGCCUCUGAACUGCGCAAUACACAGCAAUCUAAGCCCGACGAGGCAGUGCCCGAGUGGAAGCGAGUCACGAUGGGCAAGAACCAGUCGUUCGGAAAGCGGACCACGAUGUCCAUCAAGCAGCAGCGCGAGAGCUUGCCAGUAUACAAGUUCCGCAAGGCGCUCCUCGAUGCCGUGCGCGAGAACCAGUUGCUGAUUGUUGUCGGAGAUACUGGGUCGGGUAAAACCACCCAGCUGACCCAAUUCCUGGCCGAGGGAGGAUAUGGAAACAAUGGCAUCAUCGGGUGUACACAGCCUCGACGUGUCGCAGCAAUGUCUGUCGCCAAGCGUGUGGCCGAAGAAGUUGGCUGCGAGCUCGGCGCCGAAGUAGGAUACACAAUCCGUUUCGAAGAUUGCACAAGCCCCGAUACGAAGAUCAAGUACAUGACUGACGGCAUGCUUCAACGUGAAGUUCUUCUCGACCCAGACCUGAAAAGGUACUCGGUGAUUAUGCUUGACGAGGCCCACGAACGGACCAUCGCUACCGAUGUCCUUUUUGGGCUAUUGAAGAAGACUAUCAAACGGAGACCGGAUUUGCGACUCAUCGUCACGUCUGCCACUCUGGAUGCCGAAAAGUUCUCCGAGUAUUUCAACGGGUGCCCCAUCUUCUCCAUUCCUGGACGAACCUUCCCUGUCGAAAUCAUGUACUCCAAGGAGCCAGAGUCGGAUUACCUGGAUGCGGCUCUCAUCACAGUCAUGCAGAUCCAUCUGACAGAACCUGCAGGCGACAUGCUUCUUUUCUUGACAGGGCAGGAGGAAAUCGAUACAGCCUGCGAGAUUCUCUAUGAGCGGAUGAAGGCAUUAGGCUCCACUGUUCCGGACCUGAUUAUCCUUCCUGUCUACUCUGCUCUCCCGAGCGAGAUGCAGAGUAGGAUUUUCGAUCCAGCUCCGCCUGGCGGGAGGAAAGUCGUCAUCGCCACCAAUAUCGCCGAGACCUCAAUUACAAUCGACAACAUCUAUUAUGUCAUUGAUCCUGGUUUCGUGAAACAAAACGCCUACGAUCCCAAAUUGGGCAUGGACUCCCUGAUUGUGACUCCCAUCUCCCAGGCACAGGCCAAGCAACGAGCUGGUCGUGCAGGGAGAACUGGACCCGGAAAGUGUUUCCGCCUGUAUACAGAGGCAGCCUACCAAUCCGAAAUGCUGCCGACCACGAUCCCCGAAAUCCAGCGCCAGAAUCUGUCCCACACCAUUCUCAUGCUCAAGGCCAUGGGGAUCAACGACCUUCUUCACUUUGACUUCAUGGACCCGCCCCCGACGAACACGAUGCUUACUGCCCUGGAGGAACUGUAUGCGUUAUCUGCGCUCGACGAUGAAGGCCUGCUGACGCGCCUGGGUCGCAAGAUGGCUGAUUUCCCCAUGGAGCCGGCUCUUGCCAAGGUUCUCAUCGCUUCGGUGGACAUGGGCUGCUCGGAGGAGAUGCUGAGUAUCGUUGCCAUGCUUUCCAUCCAGUCUGUGUUCUAUCGUCCCAAGGAGAAGCAACAGCAGGCAGACCAGAAGAAGGCGAAAUUCCACGACCCCCACGGUGACCACCUGACCAUGCUCAACGUCUACAACGGAUGGAAGAACUCCAAGUUCAACAACGCCUGGUGUUUCGAGAACUUCAUCCAGGCGCGCCAGAUCCGCCGCGCCCAAGACGUUCGCCAGCAACUCCUCGGUAUCAUGGAGCGCUACCACCACCGCAUCGUCUCGUGCGGAAGGAACAGCACCAAAGUGCGCCAAGCGCUGUGUACCGGAUUCUUCAGAAACGCAGCGCGCAAGGACCCCCAGGAAGGAUACAAGACGCUGGUCGAAGGCACACCCGUCUACAUGCAUCCCAGCUCGGCAUUAUUCGGCAAGCCGUCCGAACAUGUCAUCUACCACACCUUGGUCCUCACGACGAAGGAAUACAUGCACUGCACCACGUCGAUCGAGCCGAAGUGGCUGGUCGAGGCCGCUCCUACCUUCUUCAAAGUGGCGCCCACCGACCGUCUUUCCAAGCGCAAGAAGGCCGAGCGGAUCCAGCCAUUGCAUAACCGCUUCGCGAACGAAGAUGACUGGCGUCUGUCUGCGCAACGACGCCAAGGACGAGGCGGAGGUGGAGGAACAUGGGGUUGAUCUGUGUUUCUUGUCUCCUUAUUGCCCGUAUUUGGUUUCGGGUGCGGGAAUACCUAAUGUGGGAUGCC